UCAGUUCGUUUUCAACUGUUGACGUGUUUGCGCGUAUUAUCGUCGAUUGUUCGUGCCGUCCGCUCGUUCGUUCGUCUUUCGAUUCUCGUCUCGCGGCGGUCGCCAACACCAACAACAAACAAAGCUCAAAACGCGUCGGCAAAAAUUUACAGAGCUCAGUGUACCAAACAAAACCAAUGUAUCAAAAAUAAGAAACAACAAAUAUAUACGAAACAAAAGAAAACACCCAGAAAAACCAAGCAGUGUGACUAAUACUCGAAAGUGUUUUUGAAAGAAAUAGCGCGAGAGUUAUUGUGCGGUUAAAAUGCGUAGCAAUUGAGGGAGCCAGCCCGAAGACCCCCAGCAUAGCAGAGAUAUUUAGAGCGAUAUAGAGAUCCGAUCCGAUCCGAUCCGAACUCGAUUCCUGGCCCCCGGUAGCACAGAAAAGCUUUCAAAAUUAUACUCGAAAUGGAUAUGACCUCAACAGCGGAGGCUGCCGCUCGCAGCUGGUAUGACAGUCCGCGCUUAGGCGGCGGAUCCUCCGGCGGCGGCGGCAAUGGGGGCGGCGUCUCGCCCCAAACGAACGGCCUUGGCAGCGCCGGCAGCAGCCUGGCCCACAGCCAUCACAGCCUCUCCAGCGGCGCCAGUUCUGCGGGUAGCAGCGUGGGAGCGGCCCUUGGCGGCGGCGGUGGUUCCGGACUGGACAGCAGCGACAUGAGCGCCUUCUACGCCCUCGAAAGCAAUGGACACCAUCGGCGCUACUAUCCCAGCUAUCAUCAGCACACAUCCCGCAUGCCCUCCACCCAUGCCACGCCCCAGGUGUGCCGGCCGCACUUCCACACCCCGCUGAGUCCAUGGCUGACCAGCGAGCACAAGUCCUUCGCCCCCGCCAGCGCCUGGAGCAUGGGCCAGUUUGCCUGCCCGCAGGAGCCGCAGGUGGAGCACAAGCUGGGCCAGAUGGGCCAGGGCCAUCAGACGACGGCCGCCGGCCAGCAUUCGUUCCCCUUCCCGCCGACGCCGCCAAAGGACUCCACGCCCGAUUCCGUGCAAACCGGUCCAUCGGAGUAUCAGGCCGUGAUGAACGCAUUCAUGCACCAGCAGGCCACGGGCUCUACCUCACUGACGGACGCCAGCUGUGCGCUGGACAUUAAGCCGUCGAUCCAGAACGGCAGCGCGAACGGCUCCUCCGGCAGCGGACCCAGCCAGAGUUCGGCGCCCAAGCAGCGCGAAGGUACUACCACUAAUCCCAGCUCCAACUCCAGUAGCAGCCAGCAGCAGCAGCAACAGUCGCAGCAGCAAUCGCAGCAACAGCAGCAGCAGCAGGGCAGCAGCAACAGUAACAACAACGCCAGCAGUAACUCCUCCGCCUCAUCCGCCGCCGCAGCAGCAGCAGCAGCUGCCGCCGCCUCCCUGUCCGCCUCUGCAGCCGCCGCAGCCACGUCCUCGAACGGUUUGUUUGAGGGCACGGCCCAGGCGCACUAUGCCUCCCAGAGCAACAACGGUGGCGGGAGCAGCGGAGGCAGCGGGAGCGGCGGCUAUGACAGCAGUAGCUAUGCCUCCUAUCACCAGGCAGCCGCCCAUCAUCAGGCGGCAGCCGUAGCGGCGGCGAAUAUGUUCCAAAGUUCCUCGGUGGCCGCUGCCGCAGUGCGUCACAGCAUGGCUGCGGCGCAGGCUCACCACCAUCACCAUCACCAUCAUAGUGGACACCACCACAGUGGAUCGUCCUCCGGGGCGGGCAUGCAUUCGCUUGGUGGCUCUGUGACCGGCAUGGGUAGUAUGAGUGGCGGCAGCGGUGGUGGCAACGGCGGAGGAGCGGGAUCCGGAUCCCUGAGCGGACACGGCGGCGGAUCGGCGGGCAACGGCAAUUCCGGCCUGGACAUCAAGCCCGUGCGGACGAAACCGCGGACGAGUGCUGAGGGACGCGAGUGUGUUAAUUGUGGUGCCACAUCGACGCCACUGUGGCGACGCGACGGAACGGGACACUAUCUAUGCAAUGCCUGUGGCCUGUACUACAAGAUGAACGGCCAGAACCGACCCCUGAUCAAGCCAAAGCGAAGACUGACCCUCCAAUCGCUACAAAGUGCGGCCAAGAGGGCGGGCACAUCCUGCGCCAACUGCAAGACCACAACCACAACCCUUUGGCGACGCAAUGCCAGCGGCGAACCCGUCUGCAAUGCCUGCGGAUUGUACUACAAGCUGCACAAUGUCAAUCGUCCGCUCACAAUGAAAAAGGAGGGCAUUCAAACGCGUAACCGCAAGUUGAGCUCCAAGUCCAAGAAGAAGAAGGGCUUGGGUGGCGGCUGUCUGCCCAUCGGUGGACACCUGGGCAUGGGCGACUUUAAGCCACUGGACCCCUCCAAAGGCUUCGGCGGCGGCUUCUCGGCCUCCAUGGCGCAACAUGGACACCUCUCGAGCGGACUGCAUCCGGCACAUGCGCACAUGCACGGCAGCUGGUACACCGGCGGCAUGGGAGCUCUGGGUGCCUCCAGCGGCCUGCAGGGCGGCUUCUCCACCGCCGGCUCUCUUGGUGGAGCAGUGGUGCCGCACUCGCAGCCUUACCACUUGGGCCUCAGUUCAAUGGGCACCUGGCGCACUGACUACACGUGAUGGAGCGGGAACAACUUGAACAACAAUCUGUUCAGCUAAAGCCGCGAUUCGCCCACAUUCGAAUCGAUCGAUUCGAGCAGUAUAUAAAUCGAGGCAAAGCAAAUCCAACCGAAACCAGACAAAACACAAUGCCAAACUGAGGACUCCUUGGCCAGCGAUUGACAGUGGCACACCGAGCCCUUGACAUCCACACACACACACUUCCCGUGCGGUGUGCUCUGUGUUUGUGUGUGUAGAUGGUGUGCGGGGGUGGUGUGUGCCAGCUGGACGAGAGCUGGCUAUUCCUAAUUGUAAACAUUGCGUGCAAUUUUUAAUUAUUUAAGCUUUGUCGCUGCUGUUGCUGUUGCUGUUGCUGUUGCUGCUGCUGCUGCGAGCGGAGAGCGUAUAUAUAGCAGCAAUAACAAAAGCCCCAUUAAAACUAAUUAAAGGGCUGCACAUUAUUUUUAUUUUAUUUUUCCUUUAUGGCUUUUCUGUGAGUGUUUGUAUAGUUCUCUCUUCUUUUUCCUUGUGUUUCAUAUUUCGCUUAAUUAAUUUAAUUUCUCGCCGCAAAUUCAGCGUAUUUAAGCGUGCUUUAUAUGAACUGCCAUAAAAAAAAAACAGAACGGGAGGAAAUUUCAUAAAUAUUUAUUGUGUACAUAUAAACGAAAGCCAGAAGCAAGCACACAGAGAACUAAAAUUAUUAUAUACUAUAAACGAAAAACAAAAAAGAAACAGUUACAAUGCACGUCCAAAAGUAAACAUUUUUUGUAAAAAUAAAUAUAAAACGGAAAUUCUAGGUGUAAGAGAAGUUGCUUGAGAUGUUUGUCCUAAUUCGCAAAACGCAAUUAAAAAUUGCACAGACACUUUAGAGCGUAUGCCUACUGUAAACUAGUUAAAUUCUUAGACUCUAAACAAAACAGACGUGAUAAACAAAAAGUAAAAUCUAUAUAUAUAAAUAUAAAUUAAAACUUGUACUAUUUCACUAAGGCGCGCCACUGGCAGUUGUAAAAUAAAUUUAAUAAGAAUAACACGGAAAUGUUUAUGAUUAAAUGCAAAGGCCGCCGUCAACUUUUUAAACUAAAAACACACACACACAAACUUAAAUGUUCAAUGUUAAUACCUAAGUCUUAAAAAUAUACAUACACACCUACACACUUAAAUAUCUAAGAUCUAAACGUAAUAUAUUAAAUUUAAUUAAAUUAAAUGUUAAAGGCAAUUUGUAAAAUACAUUUGUUAGCAAUUUUUGUAUAAUUUAAGUGAUAACAAAAGUAGAGAAAAAGCGCAAAAAAAGAAAAUUCAAACUAAACAUUAAACCGUAACCCCCUAAGUUGUGUGUAUAAAGCCAGUUUAGUCCUAACCUAAUUUAUGUCUGAGGUAUAAACAGAAUACGAUACGGAUAAAUCUAUAUAUAUAUAUAUAUAAAUAUGAUGUAUUAUGUGCUAAGUGUAAACGAUAAAUGUAUUGUAAUUUGGCCAUAUUGAUAGUUGAAUAUAUAUAAAUCAAAGCAAAUGUAAUGUUUAUUUAAAAUCAAAGCAAACAAGAAAACAAAAAAUGGAAA